AUGCCCGCGCAACAACGGCGAAGACCCCCGGUGGGUCUUGAUCUCACCGAGAAGGGAUGGAAGGAAUCACAGACUGACAGGAAGCAGGCCGUCCCAGAGAGCGAUGACGAAGAUAUGCAACAUGAGCAUUCUAAUAUACCCGACGAUGUUGAUGGCGACGGCGACGAGCAGAUGGCAGACGGGGGGCAGCGCGACGAGACCAGCCAUCUAAUUAAGAGCCUUGUACGCUAUGCUCUUGCCUGCGAGUACUCGAGAACACCGAUCCGGAGAGAUGUGCUUGGUUCCAAUGGCCGAGAGUUUAAGAAGGUGUUCGCUGGCGCGCAAAAACAAUUACAGGCAACGUUUGGCAUGGAGAUGAUAGAGCUGCCGACGAAAGACAGGAAUCUCCUAACGACAGAACAGAAGAGGAAAGCUGCCAAAUCCCAGAGCCAAAAAGAACCUACCUCGAACGCAUACGUCCUCGUUUCUACGCUCCCCGAGACUUUCACAACGCCCGCUAUUAUAACCGCAUCCAAGGUCGAGUCCGCGGAGGGCGAGGCUUCCUACAUCGCUCUCUAUACCACGAUCAUCGCCAUAAUCAUGCUCAGCGGUGGGGAACUCAGCGACCCGCGCCUACGAAGACACCUUUCGCGGCUUAACGCCCUUGAGAACAUGCCAAGCAUGAAUCCACAUAAUGGGGCAUCGCCCAACGAAAAAACGGAUUCUGUCCUCCAGCGGAUGAUAAAGCAAGGGUACUUGGUGCGAGUGACUGAAUCAGGGUCGAUGGGCGAUGACGACGGCACAACCUGGCACGUUGGACCGCGUGGCAAGGUCGAGGUCGGCAAGGACGCAAUUGCGGCGUUCGUAAGGACCAUCUAUGGCGGGUCUAACGAAGAGCUUGAAAGCAAGUUGCAGGUUAGCCUAAAGACCAGGGGCAGGGUAACGUCCAUGUCUGAAGUUAUCGAAGAGGGAGCGGAGGCAGCGCCGCCGGAUGGCGACCCGGGGUCGAGUACUCGGCGCAGGGGAAGGAGACGGCGGACUGAGGCCCAAGAUGAAGAGAGCGAGUGA